CACUUUUCAAACCAAAAAACUCGAAAAAGGGGGAAACCCUUCCUCCCCGUCCAUCCAUCCACUCCCCUCUCCUCCCCAACGGUCGACCCGUUAACCCCCAUGGCCGCCGCCGCUGCCGCCGCCGAUCACCUCCCCCGGUCGCUAGAAGAUCGGCGCGAGGUGGAUGAAGGCUCGGAUGAAUCGGAGGAGGAAGAGGAUGUGGAGAGCGACGACGAGGGCUCGGAGGUCUCGAGCCUCUCCGACUUCCGCGAACCCGACGCGGGCUCCGACGAGGACCCCACCUUCGACCCGGCCGCCGACGGGGACCUCGAGGUGGAGGCCGUGCUGCGGGCCAGGAUGAGCCGGAUGUCCAUCUCGGCCUCGGCGCGCAGGGGCAGGAAAGGGCCAGCAGUGCCGAAGAUGGGAAAGGUGGAGAUUGACCUUCUGGCCAUGGUGGACCAGCUCAAGCAGGAUGGUCAGCUGGAGAAACUGAAGGUUUACGAAUGUAAAGCAUAUUUGCGGAUGCACAAGUUAAGAUUGACAGGCAAGAAGGAAUUACUCCUAAAUCGAAUCAGAGAGCAUAUAGAGGUGAAAAAUGAUGGUGAGAAGAAGUACCCAGUGUCAAGCUUUGUUCAUAACUGUAAAGGUGAUGCGUGCAAAGGUGAUGUUGUGAUGUUUGAGCAAAACAUUUACAGAAGGAAAAAGGGAGCUCCUCGUGAAGUCAAGGGCCGCCUAUGUGGUCAAAGGACCAAUGCCGGUAGAAUAAUAAAAGAAAGCUAUGGCACUGCAAAGCAACAGCAUACAUUCACUAUUGAGAUUUUAUGGAGUAAAGGAUACAAGCCGUGGCCACCCCUUCAUCCGCUCCUCAUCAAGGGCAGAAAUCUUUACAAGGAUAAGACCAUGAGACAGCCAUGGCCUGAUGAAGAGGAAAGAAACAGGGUCAUACAAGAAAAACAUGAAAGAGGGGACUUGGCACGCAAGUCAAGAGCAGCCAGGAUUCAUGAGAAAGAGAAUAAAAAGCUGCUGAGGAACAGGAUCAAGGACAAUAAGAUCAAAGAACUGCAGAACAUGAACCAAAAACCACCUCAAGAGCCACAGCAAAAUGUCAAAUCCACAAAUAUUCUUCAGCAAAGGGUUGGUGAGAGGAACGGCCCUUCACCCCAAAACGGUGAACCAGGGAAUACAAAGCAGCAACAUAUAUCUUCAAAGGCUACUACUUCACACCACAAUGAAGUGUUUCCACAGAAGGGUGCAACAGGAUCUUUUAAGCAAGAGUUCAACGGUUAUCAGAUCUCUUCCAAUAAAAAUGGAGGACCGCAGCCAAAAAUGCUUUCAGAUCCCACUCGUACUCAGCAAAUGUUCAAGGACCACCAUUGCGGUUAUCAACAAAGAAAUGAAGUUCUGCCUCAGAAGGUUCCGAUGGGAACUUCCAGGAAAGCAUUUGUAAAUCAUCAGGCCCCUUCCCAACACAAUGGUGGAUCAGGGAACACCAAUCAUCAUCAAAUAUCUUCAAAGCCCACUCCUUCAAUGUUGAAGUACCUGCAGCUGCCCCCCAAACAUCAAAACCACAAUGAAGCGGAUGAUUCCAGAGAACAAUUGUUUGAUCAUCAGCAUAACGCUUACAAUUCCACAGAAUAUGAUGACUCUCCAUUCGAGCCUCAAGGGAAGUUCACUCAGCAUUCAGGUGCGUACCAGCAUGGCUCCAAUUUUCAUCAAAAUGCCCGAGGUGGUCACCAAGCACAUCAACCCCAAAGACCAAGAAAUCAAAAUCAGAAUAACGCUUACUAUACCCCAAAAUAUGACUCCUCAUUCCAAACUCGAGGGAAGUUAACUCAGCAUGCAAAUGCGUACCAGUGUGGCUCCGGUUCUCGUCAAUAUGCCCAAGUUAAUCACCAAGUGCAUCAACCUUUGAGAACAAGAAAUAAGGAUUUCAAUUCAAGCGACCAAUCUUAUGGCCAGGAUUACCACCAUCAAGGAUACUAUGAUUACAGGGGAAUUACUCAUGGCCAGUAUCAUCCUCAACAGAGCCGGAAUCAAAAUUACUAUGGCCGCAGGCCCAUGACUCAAGACCAGCAUGGAACCCACCAAAACCAUCAUCAGAAUUACAAUGGCCACAGGAAAAUGAACCAACCUCAGCAGUUUCUGGAACAGCAACCACAACCGCGGCUAUGCCGCUACUACUGUCAAGACAGAUGGUGUCCCUAUGGUGAAGGCUGCUGGUUUUCCCAUGACAUCUGAGUGUUAAUGUAGAAGGCAAUAUGUUGUGCUGCGGUGAUGUGACCUCAGCUGAGUUGAAGUUUUUGAAGUAACAGGGGAAGCACUAACUUUUUUGUGCGAGUAAUGUGGGAAUUUUGAAUUGAGGUGCUGUGUGAAACUUAAGGCACAUGGGUCUACGUCACGCGCUUGUAUUAGCUGUUCAGCUAAAUUUUGCAUAACCUUACCUUACCUAUUGCAGUCAUAACUAUCAACUCCAUUUGUUGAUAAUUGGCUAAUGAAUAUCAUGUCAUUGUGAUAUGAUUUAUGGAAA